AUGUUUAUCGUCUUUUUCCCUAUCUUGGUGGAUAUCCUUCACCACAUUGGUUGGAUCAAGACUGUAAAGAUACUUAUACCUUUCUUCCUACUAGCUGUUAGUAGUACACUGCUUGUUUGGGUCUCGAUGGCAGCAUUUGUCCGGCGGAAGUUGGUCUUGUGGUCUGAUGGAGAUCCCAAAGUUGAGAAAACGCUACUGGGAAGACCUCUACUCUACCCAGCACGUCUAACCCAUGCUCGCUUCUUUCCAGAGAAGUACCAUUACUGGAUCAACUAUUUCCUCGUUGGGGUUCCCGUUGGACUUGGAGGUCGUGUUGGGGCUGUGAUGUCCAUUGAAAGUGAUCAAUCAAACCAACACACCCCAGUCACAAUUCCUUUCCAGUCUUUUGUGAAGAGGGUUUUUCGGAUCCCACUUUGGUUCAGAAUUGACACUAGUUGGUAUCUUCACCGUGGAGAUGGUCAUCUAACCUUGGCCGCAAAACUAGAACAUUUCUUGAAAGAACGGGGCGAGAAUCCAAGCCACUAUCCUUAUGCAUAUCUCAUCAGCAUCCCUCAGUUUCUCUGGUGGGCUAAAAGCCCGAUAUCUUAUUGGUAUCUCUACUCGCCUCUCAAAGAGCUCAGUGGUAUCAUCAUGGAAAUCAACAACUCAUACGGCGAAAAGAAGAACGCGUUCUGUCGAUUAACCAAGGAAGACUCUUCCUGUUACGAGAAAUCGAAAGCUUGCGAGGUUUUCAGCACUGUUUCAGGAAGCGGGCCUCAUGGUGAUCAACUCGUCCGGUUCACAUCAUCGGCUCCCACAGCCAAGUACUACAAGGGCAGCUGGGAGAAAGACAUCUUUGCUUCACCUUUCGAGAAAGUUGAAGGCGGAUUUGCCCUUCGUUUCAUGGAUCCAUUAGAUCCAGCACCUGAGAAAGGCGGCCCUCUCCACUCCAAUAUGACCCUUAUGAGCACCUCUGGCAAGCCCAAGAUCUCUAGUCGUCUCUUUUCCGUUGCUGCUCCAAUUGACCCUCUUCUGGUGUCGUCUCGGGAGCUGGCGAGCUUUCUUCUCAGCUGGUCAUUUGUUGUGCCAGUAUCGAUUGGUCGGAUUGUGGUAGAGGCACUCCGUAUUCGAUUCAGAGGCAAUAUGCCUUACUUGAACAAACCGGACGUGAAGAAGGGAAACAUCCCACGUAAUGCCUCGGAAACAGAGAGGGUUUUGGAGCCUUUCUUCCGGCUGUACCUCUCCCACCUUGUGAAGACAUGCCCUUUUCCCUUGACGGUGAUCUAUACACCUGCCAAAUCACUACAUCUCCACCCCAUGACAAUGAACUCCCCAGCCAAAACUUUUACCUCCGCGCCUCCCCCUACCCUCGAAGUACAGCCUCUUACACCCCAGUUCUAUACAAAUAUCCUGAAAUACGCAGAUGCCAAAACUGGGGUUUUCGCCGAAAUGGAGAACUUCCCCCAGAUCUCUGAUCCGGUAUCCCAGCGCCUAUGGACAUCCGAUCCAGCCAUGUUGCAGAGAUUGAUUGAAUCAGCAGCAGACUCGCCUAACGCCAAGGUAUCUCAACCCCCCCUUGACUCAAGUCUCCGCUGA